CUGGGAAGCCGCUGGUGCUGUGGCAAUUGGAGUCUGUUCUCGGGCCUGAGGCUCGAGGCCAGGCUCCUGGGUGUCGUUAAUGUUCGGGGCCGCCGGGCGCCAACCGAUCGGAGCUCCAGCCGCCGGGAACAGCUGGCAUUUCAGUCGAACCAUGGAAGAACUGGUUCAUGAUCUUGUCUCAGCCCUGGAGGAGAGCUCGGAGCAAGCUCGAGGUGGAUUUGCCGAAACUGGAGACCAUUCCCGAAGUAUCUCUUGCCCUCUGAAACGCCAGGCCAGGAAACGGAGAGGGAGAAAACGGAGGUCGUAUAAUGUUCAUCACCCGUGGGAGACCGGUCACUGCUUAAGUGAAGGCUCUGAUUCUAGUUUAGAAGAACCAAGCAAGGACUAUAGAGAGAAUCACAAUAAUAAUAAAAAAGAUCACAGUGACUCUGACGACCAAAUGUUAGUGGCAAAGCGCAGGCCAUCGUCGAACUUAAAUAAUAACGUUCGAGGGAAAAGACCUCUCUGGCAUGAGUCUGAUUUUGCCGUGGACAGCCUUGGGAACAGAACUCUGCGCAGGAGGAGGAAGGUCAAGCGCAUGGCAGUGGACUUCCCGCAGGACAGCGCUAACAAGCGAACGGUGACCCAGCCCCUCGAAGGCUGUAGAGAUCAGGACAUGGACCAUGACAACAGAGCUUACCAAUGUCACGAGUUUACCAAGAGCAAGGUCAAGAAGAGGAAAUUGAAAAUAGUUAGACAAGGACCCAAAAUCCAAGAUGAAGGAGUAGUCUUAGAAAGUGAGGAAACGAGCCAGACCAAUAAGGACAAAAUGGGAUACGAAGAGCAAAAAGUCUCAGAUGAACUCAUGAGUGAAAGUGAAUCCAGCAGUCUCAGCAGCACUGAUGCUGGCUUGUUUACCAAUGAUGAGGGAAGACAAGGUGAUGAUGAGCAGAGCGACUGGUUUUAUGAAAAGGAAUCAGGGGGAGCUUGUGGCAUCACUGGAGUCAUUCCCUGGUGGGAAAAGGAAGAUCCUACUGAUCUGGACAAAAAUUUACCAGAUCCUGUCUUUGAAAGUAUCCUAACUGGUUCUUUCCCCCUUAUGUCACAUCCGGGAAGAAGAGGUUUCCAAGCCAGACUCAGUCGCCUUCAUGGAAUGCCUUCCAAGAAUAUUAAAAAAUCGGGAGGGACCCCAACUUCAAUGGUGACCACUCCUGGCCCAGUCAGUAACAAGAGAAUGGUUCACUUCUCCCCAGAUUCUCAUCACCAUGACCAUUGGUUUAGCCCUGGGGCUAGGACAGAGCAUGGCCAGCAUCAGCUUCUGAGAGACAACCGAGCUGAAAGAGGACACAAGAAAAACUGUUCUGUGAAAACAGCCAGCAGGCAAACAAGCAUGCAUUUAGGAUCCCUAUGCACUGGAGACAUCAAACGGAGAAGAAAAGCUGCACCUUUGCCUGGACCUACUACAGCAGGAUUUGUAGGAGAAAACGCCCAGCCAAUCCUAGAAAACAACAUUGGAAAUCGAAUGCUUCAGAAUAUGGGCUGGACACCUGGGUCAGGUCUCGGACGAGAUGGCAAGGGGAUCGCUGAGCCGAUUCAAGCCAUGCAGAGGCCAAAAGGAUUAGGACUUGGAUUUCCUCUACCAAAAAGCAUCCCCACAGCCACUGCCUCCCAUUCAGGAAAAUCCGCCUGAGACGAAAAGCAAAGAAGAGAUGUUUUACCAGUUGCAUUUGCGCUAUGUAUCCCGUUGUUCUAAAAUUACAACAUAGCUUCUAUUUUUGAAGCCGAAAUCUAACAUCAAAGCCUCAGACUUGUCACUCUAGCUUCCUAGCUGCGCACGGUUCUGCCACAAUGAUAGAAAUGGGAUUUCAUCACAAUUCAUGGUGCUAAACACCUUUACCUUUUAAAAAUGUUCAGCAAUUUACAUUCUAGGUGUAAAGAACAGCUCAAUUUGUCUUAUUUAUUUUGAUCCUGUAUGUCAGUAAUUUCUAAUGCUUUAGCUUGAUUCACUCGUGUGUGCUCCAUGCCCUGGCAACUGAGCACGCCCACAUGUUUCUAAAAUGGGAUUAGCCGGAAAGGGUUGUGUUUCACAUCAGCCCUGUCUGUUGUAACCGAAAACACCUAUCAUCACAUCAGGGAAGUCCUAAGCACAUCUUUGUUUGAAAGGCUGGCCAAUUUCACAUUCCCUGAAUAUGGCUUUUUGGUUAGGAUUCUCUAACAGGGUGACACCCAUUGUCUAUCCUUGGACAGUGUAGUAUGAAGUUCACAGUUGACACACAGCAAUUAAUGUUUCCCUCUGACAUGUCGACAAAAAUAAACCUCAUCGUUGUGAUCACCAGAGUGCCCUCAACAUGACUUCAAUGCGGAUUUUAUAAAUUUUACCUCAUUUAGAACAUAAAAUAAUUAUGGAGAGGAAAAUAUUUUUUAAAUUCACCAUGACUGAACUGUAAAUUCCAUUAAUCUAGACUUCCUUCUACCUCUUUCUUCCCAAAGGUUGAUAUUUUUUUAAGAUCAACUCAACUGUAGUAAACUGAUUUUAAAUUUUAACCAUCAGAGUAAGUUAGAAUAUCGACUCAAUUUAUUCGAAGAUUUAAGUGGCUCUCCCAAGAAUUCAGAUUUCUGGCAAUGGUCCAGCCCAUAUACAAGGUGAACAAAAAAUGAAUGGUACUGAUUUGCCCUUUCUAACAUCUAAGCAGUUACCUUCAAACCAAGCAAAACAAGUCAUUUUUACUUUGUGCCUCGUGUUGUUAUAUCUGAAUCACCUGCUUCCUAACGUCAGAGAUUCUAAAUUGCUCUUAGUUUAGAUGUUGAUUAGCUGUCUUCAUUAUUAAGGACUAAUAAUAAUAUUCUCUUUAUAAUGGCCUUUGUUGGUUGAGUGAAGGCCAAGAUAGCUCACGUGACUCACCCUUCUAAUGUUAUCUUUUUAACCCUUUAUUUUUCUAGAGUAGUUUUAGGUUCACAGCAAAAUUAUGGGGAAGGUACAGAGAUCCCCUGCUCCCACGCAUGCACAGCCUCCCCUGUUACAAACUUCCCUCACCAGAGUGGGACACUGUUACAAUUGAUGAACCUACGUUGACGCAUCAAAAUCACCCAAAGUCCACAGUCAGUAUUUACAGUUCACUUUUGGUAUUGAACACUCUAUGGGCUUGGACAAACGUAUAAUGACAUGUCUGCACCAUUAUGGUCUCAUACAGAGUAGUUUUACUGUGAUAAAAUUCCUCUGGGCUCCUGUCUAAUAGGCUUUUGGAAAUUUGUCAAUCCCCCAAGAGUUUUUUAAAGGGGGGAGAGGAGGUUUGUGCAUGUAAUAGACCUGUCCCAGGUGGUCCCCUGAAGAAAAUACUGCCAGUUAGGGAGAGGAAGUUCAGCCUGCUAUCGGAAAGGCCUCAUGGUUUGCCAGAUUUCCUUUUAAGGACGCGUUCCUUUUAAGAAUUAUCUU